CAGCUACCGUCAGUAUGAACGCUGGGCGUGGUUUGUUUUCAAAGCGAGAAGUGAAUGAAAAUGGCGGCGGCGGGAUGCACUAAGUCCGCGGGUGAUUUGGGACAGAGAGAUAGAACCAGGCCUUCUUCUGUCUCUUCUCAGAACCAUGUUCGGUCUCUCAGUCUGGAGGAAGCCCGCUGUCCGGUGUGUUCGGAAAUAUUGCUGGAACCGGUCACUAUGCCAUGCGGACACUCGGUGUGUCUGCACUGUUUCAGGAGGACGGUUGAGUUUAGCGGUCUGUGCUGUCCGUCCUGCCGGCUACGUGUCUCUAGCUGGGCCCGGAAUAAACAAUCCCGGGAGAAGAGCCUGGUGAACACCGAGCUGUGGGACCGGGUGCGGCAGAGUUACCCUGAAAAAUGCGGUCGCAGAUUGCGGCAGAGGGACCGAGGAGCUCCUGUGGAAGAUGUUUUCUGUUCACCUACUGUGCCAUUUAAGACGGGAGAAAUACAUCAGGAUAAUGAAAAACAAAACAAAAAGAUAACCACAGCUGAAGAAAUGGAAGAGAGAGUAAAGAAAAAGCCUAAGCAUAGAAAGGGGGAAUGUGGACUACUGCAGGAAUCUUCUUUUGGACUGCUGUCAAACUCUGAGAAUGAAGAGCCCAUGCGAAUGAGAACCCGACACGCCUCAGCAUUCGUGCACAGAACAAGAACCAGGUUAACCUCAGGAUUCAGCAGAGGUUUUCACAACAGUGUAGUGCAAAGGAGCCAAAGUUGUACUGACUCUGAGGAAGGGAGGAGAAAAAUCAGAGCACGAGUUCACCUUUCUCUGCCAGAGAAGGUAGGCCUGAAGGCCAGCAUUGUUCAUAGUUUUAACGCUGGAAUCCUGCUAUCCUCUGAGAACAGUCGUUCCUUCUCAGCACCCAUUCUUCCUCUUGACAAGAAGCAUCAGUGGCGCUCCAUCUUGUCUUCCCCUGUUUCCUCUUUGGUGCCUCACACUAAACCGGAGAGGUCCGUCAGCCCAGAGAGCAAUGACAGCAUCUCAGAGGAGCUGAACCACUUCAAGCCUAUUGUUUGUUCACCAUGCACGCCACCCAAAAGGCUCCCAGAUGGCCGGCUAAUGAAGCCCACGAUAGUGAAGUCCACUCCCAGGAACCUGACCCAAAGCCUGCAAAAAAGCACCAGCUAUGAAGCCAGUCCUAGUAUCCUACAGAAGUGGAAGCAGGUUGAGUUAGAUCGGCAGUGCGUCAAGUUCGCAUCAAAAGGGACUAUCACCAGCCCGGUGGCGGAGGAUUUAGGAAUCUUACAGAGCUCUGAGGAAGACCGGGGGAACAAAUCAUGUAGCUGUGCUUUAGCAGAGAUAGACUUGCAUUGCACAUGUGCUGGAAAUAAACACUUAUACGAAAAGGAGAAGGAAAAGUCCUUGCUGCACAAUAAGCGUAGGUUGAUAUUCGAUCAUUGUAGCAAAAAUGAAGACUUUCAAUCUGCAAAUGCACUUCAUACACAAACUGCACUUGGUUUUUCUGAUAUUCCCAAGUUGUAUAACGCUUGUGAAGCACAUUACUCACCACCAGAACAGACUAAAUUUGCUAAACCACCCAUGAUGGACAAACGUGCAGGUAUAACCCCGAACCAGGGAUCAAAAGAUGUUCAGGACUUUAGGAAUGAGCUGACUGUCAUGAAUCUGCGUAACAGACCUACCUCCAGACGGGGCAAAAAGAGGAGCCAGAAAACCAAACAUUUGGAAGAGACUGGAAUAGUAAAAAUAGCUAGAACAGAAAGCUAUGAUUGCUGGGGAAAACAGCAUGGAGAGAAAAAUUUGCAUGUUGAUCGGACCCACCAAGAAAUAAAAGACAGAGAAUUGGCACUAAAACUACAAAGACAGUUUGAUAAAGAGUGCCACAUAAUAGAAAGGCAUAAGAUGAGUUCUGAUAAAUAUUCUCUACGAUCCUGGGUAUGUAUAGAUAGUAUUUCCAAUCCACGUAGGUCUGGAAGACUUUCUAGAAAGAUUAAACACUUUAAUUAUAAGUAAUAAAUCAUGAUAGUCAGUUUAGUUAUCCCAUGCAAGGAUCGAAAACCCAUUUUACACUCAUAACCUGUUUAUAUAACCGGAUUUACACUUAAGAUAUCAGUUACACACAAUGUAAGGUAGCCUGUUACCAAUUCAAUACUAAUGAAAUGUACUUUUCAAACACUUGUUUGUUACUAUUAUACAUCUAUAUGAUGGUGCUUUCCGAGUGAUUCAAGAAAAAAAUAACCUGUAAAUGAAUCAAUGUUAGAAAAUUGUUAUGGGAUUUUUUUUAUUUUGUUUUUGUCUCAUUUUUUCCCAAUUUAGUGUUGUCAAUUUGUCUUCUGCUGCUAGGGAUCCCCGAUUUGUCGCAGUUAAGGAGGGUAUAUUGCUGCUCACGCCUCUUCCGACCCGCGCGCAGCCCUUAACGGAACCCUUUUCCACCCAUGCAUUCUGCACAGGCGCCUCUAUCCACCAAUCAGGGUCCUUACACAGCGUUUGAAGACCCCGCCCACAUAUUCCGGUCAUCCCUUCCUGCAGGCACUGCCAAUUAUGCCCGCUAGAUGGUGCCCAGCCGACCGGUGGCAACGCCGAGUUUCGAACCAAGGAGUUCAGAAUCUCGGCGCUGGUGUGCUAGCGGAAUAUCCCGCUGCGCCACCUGGGUGCCUGGAUUUUUGUUUUUAAAUCCUCAAAUUUUACAUGGGGAGAAUUACGUGGGGGUUAUCAGUUGGCACUCAGAUUCUUUUCUUUUUAUUCUAUCUGACAUGAUCAUGCUACCAUUUAUAAUAGGACUGUGUGAUCCAUGUCUGACAAAAUUACAGCAUCUUUUGUAACUAUUAUAAAAUAAGCUAUAAAUAUCCUCAGGUAAUAAAUAUUCAAUAGAAUUUGAUGUUGUUGAACGUUCCCUCAUCAUUUAUUUCUUUUCUUUUCUUUCUUUUUUUUGACCAAGGUUUGGUCUUAUUAAAAAACACUGAAAAAUACAUUAUUAAUAGUAAUGUAAUCUUGAAAGACCUGUUUGACAAAGGACUGCUGUGUUAAUGAAUAAAUGUGGAUAACAGCUUACCUACAGGUUUAUGGCCCUAUAGCCUCAUACGUACAUGUUAUGAUUAACCAUUCUCCUAUUAGAAUAGUUGCUAUUUAUAUUUCCUCGUUUUUACUUGCCUCUCUAAGCAUCAUAACUGCUCAUGUGUCAUAGUUAUGUUCACACACGAGCUAAGGAUACCCAGCAUUUGUUUAGUAGGUUUGUCGAUUUGCCAGGCAUUUACCAGUAUUGUACUUUAAACUUACCGUUAAAUAUCCGGUUAAAGGUGUAUAUGUGAAUGGGGUGUUCGUAACAGACAGUGAUGCUUCAUACCUUUUCUUUUUAAAAACAGUUAUUUGAUGAAUACCUAGCUCUUUUUUGCUUUGCAGAAUAUUAUAAUAGCUGACCAGUAGGAAAAGAGGAUUCAAUGGCCCAGAGUGGUCCCUUGUGCCCCUGUCUACUUGUGAUCCCUGGAUUUGUCUCCACCUUACCCUUCUUUACGGUGUUGUUAUUAUUAUUCUCUUUAGUAUUAUUUUUUGUUUUUCAUUUUGCUUCUAAAUGCUAAAAGCCUCAUCAUGACCUUAUUAUCCAUAUAAAAGUAUCUCUAGGAAAGUAUAAAAAUUAACCUUAAUACAUUGUGUUAUGACUAUAAAUUACAUGUGGGUGAUACUUCUAUACAUUUUCAUGAUACACUGGAUGAAUCCCAAUAUGUAGUUCAGACUUUCAGACGUUUCUUUAUUACAAUUGCUUAAAUUUUGAUACAAGCACUAAAGUCCGACAAUGCUUAGGUAGCUCAGAAAAGAAUCAUAAAAUUAAUAUAUUUUGACCUUGUAUCUUUAUCACCCACCAGUUACUAAAUAUUAUAUAUAAUGACUAUUAACUUUAAGAAGUUUUAGAAGCACUAACCUAAAAACAUUUAGUGUAGUAUUUAUUAGCAGAUAUCCUCUUCAAUUUUACUGACUCAAAGAUUUGUCCAAGAGACACAGAUAUUGCCUUUGCUUCAAGGAUUUAAUGUAUAUUUAUUUUGAAAGGUUCUGACGGACGUUGCUUUAAGUUAUUCUCAAAGCAACAUUUUACAAUGUUAAUUAAAAUGGUUAGAAUUUUUAUUGUUUGCAUGUUUUUGAUUUCUUCUGUAUAUUACAUUUGAUUUGUCUGGACACUUGCAUAUCAUAAGAAAAGCUUCUGGGAAGGUUUUACCAAAAUGCUUGACAUUUAAUUAAAUUAUUAAAUAUUGCACUAUACAGACAAGCAUACUGCAUAUAUUUUUAUAAUCGCUAUAAUCCUUUUUGCAAAUAAUAAAUCUAGCAAUUUCUUACUAUUAUCAAUGUCGUGCCAAAAUUGCUGAUUUUUCACCUGAACGGUUGAAACCCUCAUAAAAGUUUUGUUUUCUCUACACUUUAAGAAGACAAAUUCUAUAUAUUUUUAUUCAGUACUGUAUGAUGGAUUGUACAUAAUGUUAAGAUUUUAGACAUUUAAGACGAGUUUCAACCAGAUGUUUUGCAGUUCAUGCAGAAAAAGUAAAGAAUGAAUCUGUCUCAUCUUGAUUUCUCUGACUGUUAAUAGAAUUGAAUGUGUUUGGUUUGCAUGUUUAAAUUGCAUUCAAAGAAUGUUUUGUAUGCUUAAAAAGUGUGACUGGCAGGAACCCCAGGCUUUUCACCCCAGGCUGUGUGCUGUUACUUUGCUCAACACUAAUACUAAGCAUUACAAGCCAAAAAAAAAACAAAAAAAACAAGCAUAACAGCAUAUUAAUACAAAAACAGAUGAACAUCUUUUCCACGACCACAGGAUGUGUCUUUCGACAUGGUUGUUUAACAAAUGAGAAGCUACUCACUGCAUCAGUUAGGGUUAAAUAACUUGUUGCCAGCUGAAACAUAACCACCCAUGCAGUAAUUAUCCAAUGGGAGGCUCUUACCUAUUUGCUUAGUUAAAUCCAGGUGGCGACCUUUUUUUUGGCCAGGCAGUGUAUGACUUACUAUACCUCUUAUUCUGGUGAUUUUAACAUCUGCAGGCCUGUAAUAAAAUGCUCUUGUGAAAAUUCCAA